ACCCCGCCCCUGCCGGGGGGAGGCUAGCGCCCCGCCCUCCCGCUGCCCCCGCGCUGGCUCGUCGCGCGAACAGUCGCCGUGACACCGGCUGGGCGCCGCCGGCACCUAGCGGCCCGCGCGCUCGGCUUCUGCGGGCGCGCCUGGCUCGGCUGCUGGCGGCUGUCCCCCCGGGUCGGGCCGAGGAGCCCCGCGGUUAGGGGAGAGCCCCCGCGCCCGGAAGGACGGAAGGAUCGGAGGGUGCCGUGGCUCAGAGCCCCCGGCGGGGGGCGCCGGGACGCGAGGGAGCCGGGGAUGCCGCGGCCGCACGGAGGGCACCGAUGAUCCGCCGGCUCGGAGGCGCCAUGCCCUUCCCGCCCGUGCCGCCGCCGCUGUCCGCCCCCGCCCCGGGAGUCCCCGCCGCCCGCCCGCCGCCCCGGAGGCCCGGCGCUCCCCGGAAGGCGGCCGCGCCCGCCUGCUCCCUGCCCGGGCCCCCGCCGCCCGCCGCGGCCGGGGAGAAGAAGAGGCGGCCGCCCGAGCGGUCCGAGGGCCUGCUGUCCAGCUCCUGGCCCUCGGCCACCCUGAGGCGGCCGCCCGGCCGGCGCGCCCCCGGCGCGGCCCCUCCGCGCGCCACGCCCCAGGCCGCGCCCGGCCGCCAGCGCGUCCCGGCCACGUGCUCCGCGCUCCGGCCGGCCGGCUGCGGCGACAGCCCCGCGGGGGACACAGCCUCGGGGCCGCGGGCCGCCGGCGCGGGGGCCGGGCCCGACGAUGCCGUGCGCUUCUCCCUGAGCCUCACCCCCGAGGCCGUCCUGGUCAUCCAGAGGCGCCACCUGGAGAAGCAGCUGUUGGCGCGGCCUCGCCGGCUGCUCCCCUCGCCCAACGCCGACCCCAGGCGCCCUCUCGCCACCUGCCCCCGGGCCAGGGCCGUGGGCCCGGGGAGGGGCGGCGCCCCGGGAGGCCUGGAGGCGUCCCCGGCCCCGGGCCUCCGCCGUCGCUUGCAGCCGCCCCGCGCCCCGCUGCUGCCCGGCGGCCUCCAGGUCCCCGACCCCGUCCCGCGGCCGGCUGACCUGCGCCCGGUGCUCAAGGUGUCGCUGCUCAACGAGCGUCACAAGUACGACGACGUGGAGUACGAGGAGGAGGCCGAGGCCCUGGACGAGGGCCUGGUGCGCAAGUGCACUGAGUGGCUGCGCGGCGUGGAGUCGGCGGCCGCUGCGCGCGACCGCGCUGAGCCGGUGGACAUGCUGCCGCACCUGAGCACGCUGUGAGCCCUGGCUCCAGAGUACGCGCGGCAUCGAGAUGCCACUGCCCACCUCCCGAGCGCACUGCUCCAUCUGGGCGACUGUGAGCGGCCUGGGCCUGGUGGGACAGGGUGGGCUCAGCCGAUGCCCACAGCCUGCUUCCUGGACAUGCCACCCCACCUGUGCACCCUGUGUGUGGGGAGACACACAGGCUUGUCUGACGUCCACCACACCCCUCCGGGUCACCUGUGAUCCAGGUGGGCCCGCAUGAGACAGGCUUGCCUGACUCCAGUGGCACACCUCCUGCCUGGGACAGCUGACCACCCUCCCUCACCAUGCCUGUGGGUGGUCUGUACCCAACAAGUAUGCCUUCUGCACCAUCUGGCCACCUCUUGGCUCCCACAGGUGACCUUGCGGCUCGUGGGGGAGGAAGCAGCGGUGGAAAUGCCUUUCAGCCGCGCCCCCACCCAGGGUUCAUGUAGGUCCUGGAGACCCUCUGCCUUUGGGGUGGACCGCAGUCUGUGUGUGCCAUUCUGGUAGGGUGCCCUGGUCUGAGCGGUGGGUGACAGCUGGGUGGAGGGUGGGGACCACAAGGAUGGCCGAUUUGGGUUCUUCUAAAUAGAAAUUCAGGGCUGUUGGAAGGCUGGAAACUCAAGCUAACCGGGUUUUGGAAAUUGGAAGGGUGAGGAUCAGCAGCAUCUCCACCACUGGGUGAGUGGACGCGCCGCCAACCCCAGCUCUUGGGUUUCUGCAGGGACGGUGAGGCUGGGUGCUCUGCAGCUAUGCAAGCCGACACAAGCAUGCAUGCACACAUAUGUGCUCACACCUGCGCAUGCACAUACACCUGCACACACACACAUGCUCUCACACACUGUACCUGCCUGCAACACAAUGCCCUCACACUGCACGUGUGCACACAUACAUGUACAUGCUCAUAAUGCACACUCAUGUUCUCAUACAUGCCCAUGCACACACUUCCCCUCACACUCACACACAUGUUCUCACACACACCCUUACACAAGUCUCUUCUGAAGCACAGCUGUAGGAACCGUUUUCAUUGGCUGGGCUCAGGUGUGAACAGAAGCAAGGGUUAGCUUCUGCUAAAAUCCACUGUUUUUAUCUGAAGUGCUCACAAAACAGCUUUUGUGCAGCAGAAAGAAAGGGUAACCAAGUGGAGAGGGGAAAAUGCAGAAAGCUGUAUCCAGACACAGAACAAAGUGUUCUGGGCCAGAAGAGCAGUUUAUUUGAGGGAGAAAGCAGGGACUCCCUACGUGGGUGCAGGAUGGAUGCAGGGGCUUCAGUAUUUUUAAUCACUGCGGGAAAAUCAGUGACGUGGUGGCGUAUACAGUUGUACAUAGUGAUUUU